AUGGCGCGCGACCUGGGCCGCUCGCCGGGCGAUCACCUCUUGGGCCUCCACUACCACAAAAACCUGCCGCCGGCCAACUGUAGUCUGCAGCAUCUCUGCCCGGCGCAGACGUGCCGACAUGGAAUCUGCCUCGACGAUGGGCACGGGGGCGAGUGCUUCUGCGAGGACGGCUUCACUGGGCUUUACUGCGAGGCGGACGCCGAUGACUGCCUCUCCUCGCCCUGUCGACACGGCGGCACGUGCUCAGACCUCGUCCGAGGCUUCUCCUGUGCCUGUAACCCCGGAUACGCAGGGGAGCGCUGCGAGCUGACGGUGGCCGGCUGCGAACAGGCCCGCUGUGAAAACGGCGCCUCGUGCGUGCGCGCUCUUCACGGCACGGCGUGCCUCUGCCCGCCCGGCUUCAGCGGCCUCCGCUGCGAGACGGACGUGAGCGUGUGCCGCCUGGUGUCACCGCCGCACGUGCGCUGCCACAACGGCGGCCUGUGCCGCGACGGCCUGGCCAACACAUACCGCUGCCAGUGUCAGCCAGGGUUUGCGGGGGCGACCUGCCUGACGGAUGUGGACGAAUGCGCCUCCUCUCCGUGCCAAAAACGGUGGCACUUGCUUCGACCAGAUAAAUGGCUUCCGAUGUUCUUGCUCGGCUUCUCCGGACACCGCUGCCAGACAGCGCUGCGCUCCUGCGAGCAGAACGUGUGCGACAACGGAGCGCUGUGUGUGCGGACCGGUGGCGGCCCGGCCUGCCUGUGCCGGCCCGACUUCCACGGCGACCGUUGCCAGUUUCAGUACGACGACUGCCUGCCCAAGCCCAGGUCGGCUAGCGCGGCAGAGGAGGGGUAG